AAAUUGUUUGUGAGCGGCGCAGCAGCCGGCAAGAGGAAGACACCACUCUCAGAUAUCCAAGUUGCAACCAUGUCAAUCGGAGAAGCUGCUUGCAGUUAUGCUGUUAUGAUCCUCAACGAGGAUGGAAUCCCUGUCACUUCUGAGAAGAUUUCAACAUUGGUUAAAGCAGCAAAAGUGAAAGUUGAGCCCUAUUGGCCAAUCUUGUUUGCCAAGCUCGCUGAGAAGCGAAGCAUUGCGGACCUCUUAUCGAAUGUUGGAGCUGGUGGUGGUGGUGCUCCAGUUGCUGCAGCUGCACCUGCUGGUGGUGGUGGGGGUGCUGCUCCGGCUGCUGCUGCUGCUGCUGCUCCUGCUGCUGAGGAGAAGAAGGAGGAACCACAAGAAGAGAGUGAUGAUGAUAUGGGAUUCAGCUUGUUUGAUUAGAAAAUCCGUUCAGUGUGAUUUAGUUAGUCCUAUGCUGCUUUGGUGUUUGGGUUAAGAAUAGUUACUUCUUAUUUUGUUAAUCCCAGUCUUUAGUUUUGUGGUUUAGAAGUGAAUGUUGUAGUGAAAACACUAUUAUGUUGUUCAUUUUGAGAUUUUCUGUUUGACUUCCAGACACAUAUAUCAAUCUUAUUGAGAUUUUUUUUUUUUUCCAUUUGCCACUCCAAUGUUAAACG